ACAUCAACUUUUUCAUGUCCUAAACUUGAAUAAAGUCCACAAAGUGAGCAGCAGAGAUUUAUCCUGCCAGCGAUGAUCCGCUAACAAGAUUCCCUACACUGAAAAAAAACAUCUUUUUUGGAGUUUUUUCUGAUUAUCGUUGGACGUUUACGGUGUUUUUUCUUGUUUUUGUGUGAAGUUUGCAGAUUGGUUCCAGUUGUGGAAUGAUUUGCUUUGUUGCUUUGUCAAGAAUGCCAGAAAGAAACAACUUUGACCAAACGUCGAUUUAGACUGCAAACUUGCUAGGAAAGUUUUAGUGCGAGUUUAGGAUGAGUCCGGACUUUUACUGACUGGCUUAGAUUUUCGCAUUUCCUGCUGCGCCAAAAAGUAAGGAAAAACAAGUUCGGGAUCGGAGAAACUUUUUUUUGUGUUUUUUUUUUCUGACUCGCAAAGUUGGAGACACACUUUUCUCGGGACAAUGGAUCCGAGCCAGCACAACCCUCCAGCCGGACACCAGAUCGUCCACGUCCGGGGCGACUCGGAGACCGACCUGGAGGCUCUGUUCAACGCCGUCAUGAACCCCAAGAACACCAUCGUGCCCCCCUCCGUGCCCAUGAGGAUGAGGAAGCUCCCGGACUCCUUCUUCAAGCCGCCAGAACCCAAGUCCCACUCCAGACAAGCGAGCACGGACGCAGGGACUGGCAGCACGCUAACUCCCCACCACGUCCGUGCGCACUCGUCUCCAGCCUCCCUGCAGAUGGGUGCCCUCUCCGGGGGCUCCCUGCCCGGCAUGGCGCCGUCGGGCACCUCCCCGCAGCACCUGCGGCAGUCCUCGUAUGAGAUUCCGGACGACGUGCCCCUGCCCCCGGGCUGGGAGAUGGCCAAGACCACCUCGGGCCAGAGAUACUUCCUCAACCACAUUGAUCAGACCACCACUUGGCAGGACCCCCGCAAGGCCCUCCUUCAGAUGAACCAGGCUCCCCCACCCAGCUCGGUGCCGGUCCAGCAGCAGAACCUGAUGAACCCGGCCAGCGGUCCACUCCCUGAAGGCUGGGAACAAGCCAUCACAUCAGAGGGGGAGAUCUACUACAUCAACCACAAGAACAAAACCACUUCCUGGCUGGACCCACGACUCGACCCGCGUUUCGCACUGAACCAGCAGAGGAUCUCCCAGAGUGCACCAGUGAAGGGCGGCCAGCUGCCCUCCAGCACCCACAGCAGCGUCAACCAGCUGAGGCUGCAGAAGAUCGAGAAGGAGAGGCUGAGACUGAAACAGGAGCUGCUUCGGCAAAGGCCUCAGGAUCUGGCUCUAAGGAACCAGCUGCCCACCAGUAUGGAUCAAGAUGGUGGCACCAACCCCGUGUCAUCCCCCAUGGCCCAGGAGGCCCGCACCAUGACAGCCAACAGCUCGGACCCAUUCCUCAACAGCGGGACGUACCACUCCAGGGAUGAGAGCACAGACAGCGGCUUGAGCAUGAGCAGCUACAGCGUCCCCCGCACUCCUGAUGACUUCCUGAACAGCGUGGACGAGAUGGACACAGGGGACCCUCUUCCGACCUCCAUGGGAACGCAGCCCAGCCGCUUCCCCGACUACCUGGAUGCCAUCCCGGGUACGGAUGUGGACCUGGGCACCCUUGAGGGCGAGAGCAUGGCGGUGGAAGGCGAGGAGCUGAUGCCCAGCCUGCAGGAGGCGCUCAGCUCGGACAUCCUCAACGACAUGGAGUCCGUGCUGGCAGCUACCAAGAUCGACAAGGAGAGCUUCCUCACAUGGUUAUAGACACCCACACAAACCCAGAGCGCCGUGCUCCCUCCUCUUCCUCCUCUCCUCCUCCCCCCUCCCCCGACACGCUGAAGUGCGGCGAACGUGUGAAGGAUUCCUCCGUGCUUUGACGAGACAUUUCAGCUCUGUGGCAGUAUUCUCCUCACUCUUCAUGUUGUCUGUGUCUUCAAGGCUGGCCCAUGAGCAGACAGUAACAAAGCAAAGCUUUUCACACACAAUCUCGGGCGUGUUCACCCCACUCCUGAUGUCCCCAUCAUAGCUGAUCUUGGCCUCUAGGACACGCUAGCUUUAUUUCUUUAACGAGCCUGAGAAACCAAAAAUGAUGUAUUUGACGCAUUGAGAACAAUACGGAUUUGGAGUCAAGGUAUCAAGAGGCCCCCGCUAGGACAGGUGGGAUUGGGUGGCGGUCAGGAGGGUCCUGGGGGGGCCACCGCAUCGCUGCUUGGCUGUGCCAGCAAGUCUAAGUUUUAACUAACUUCUUUUGUUACUUCAAGUGCCUUUGGCUUUUUUUUUUUUUUUUUUUUUUUUAGAGAAAGCGAGCAACACGAACAAGUUUCUCAUCCCACCACGCUUUCUCUUUCUCAUCUUUUUCUAUCAUCAAAAUGUAUUUUGGAUUUAUAAACACAUUUUAAUGGGAUGUAGGGAUUUGUUAGCCUCUUUAUAUCACAGCUUCUAAUUCAUCUUUUAUCUCUUUGACUAUUUGGACUUUUAGAUAACACGUGUAUGAUGACUUUGAUCAAAGUUGCUUAUGUUGUUUGGAGUUUUUUCAAUUGCAUCACAUCACUUCAGAUGAAGAAAAGGUACAAUGAUCCACUUUGGUGGCUCUGUGGCCCAUUUCAAAGUUUGCAGUUUGCGUCUUUCUCCGACGUGGCUCCUAUUCCUGAACAUGAACCAAAAAAAGCCAACGGAUUAUAAAUCAUAAAUGGUCAUCCCAUCCAGAUAGGAAUUGAUGACCGGAUGAAAAGGAUGUAAUACACAAGUCAUGCCUACGUGUGGCGCUGUAAACACAGAGGGAACCACCUGACCACCCAUAUUGUCUGUCGUGGAAUUACUUCUGAGUCUGGUUUCAUCCUGGCAUCCACACGGGUGCCCUGAGAAGGUUUUUUUUUUUUUUAAUGGCUGUAGGCGUGACUUAUGUAUUACAUCCGUGUUACCCUUCCGUCUGGAUGCAACUAUUUAGUAAUCCGUGUGGACUGGGGCCCAAGAUAAAAUAUCAGGAGAAUGUUGACUGCAGUGAGUCAUGUCAGUGGAAAUAUUCAGAAAUGACGUCAGCUUCUGGUCACGUGAUGGCGAUGGGGGGGUGAUGUCAUCGUUUUUGAAAGUUGCGGUUUGCUUGUUGUCUACAUGGCGGAUACAUAUCUGGUUGUCCCACUCUGGAAAAUAGCAUUUCAGGGCACCGGAGCGCUGUUUCCGUGUGGAUGAAAGGAAGGAUGAAGUAGGGAUGCUCCCAUCAAGGUUUUCUGAUGCCGAUUAAUCCGUAAGAGAAAUGGGCCGCCACCGAUCACUUCAAGUUUAUUAUUGAUGAGUGUUAAUUUUGGAGAUACUCUUCUUCAAGGAGAGUCCGGUGGAGCUCCAGCAGGACUUCCAGGGAGCACGUAGGUGGGCUCCAAGGAAGAAAGCAAUAGAUGAACUCGAUGUCUUCCAUUGCUGCUCAUCUCUAUUAGCUUUGCCUUAUGACUGCCCCGCACUUACGGGCGAGUGUUGUUCAUCGUUUUUGACUGAUGAUCACAUUGUUAGCCGUAUUCAAUGAAAGCUUUCUAACCCCCAUCACAUGUUCUUCAUGGCAUGCGUUGGUAGGUAAGUUCCCCAUGGGAAAAUGGGAGAUUGCCUUGGAAGGCGUUUAUCGGCACCACAUGCCAUCAAAAUGUGCCGACAGAUUAGAGCAUCCCUAGCUGAAAGGAUAAAUACUUGAAAACGUUCCCGCGUGGAUAGCCCAUGAGUCUUCCUGAGACGUUUGAGGACAGCUUGGACGUGUUGAAGCAUGUUUGUGGACGGGCCAAGGUUGGACACUUUGGAGUUUUUCUUUCUUUUUGUGAGGAUGAAUGAAGAAACAAUCACUUGUUAUAUCAUCAGGACUUGUUGUGGCAGAUUCCAAAGAUUGUACUUUUUUUUUUUUUUUGACUUCCAGUUUGACAGUCCAGGAAAGAAGGUGUGAUUUCUUGUGUGAUCAAAGUAUAAGCUAGCGAGGAACAAAGUGGUGAUGGGUGGUGAUACCAGGAGAGCCACGUCUUCUUUUUCUCCUCCUUGGACCAGGUUUUAGAGCAGAGAAGUAUGUGAUUUGAAAAGAUUUCAUCAUGGCGCAGAUCUCUCACGGUUUUAUUUGGGAAUGAUGUUCACGCCACGUGAUGUCGGCCCGCAGCAGACCCUCAUGGUCGGGCGAGAUGAUUUGAACGCUAACUUCAGUAUCUUUUGGUAGCAUUAACUUGAUGGAACAGUUUUUUUUUCCUAUAUUCUAUAUUGUUUGUGAGAAAGCUCCUUUUUAGAUUGAUGUGCUGAUGACUUUGAACAGUGUUGGUGACAAACAAGAGUGGUACACUACAGUGCUUGUAUUGCACGGCAUUUUUUUUUUGUCACAAAAAGCUAAUUUUAAUGCUUGUUUAGCGGAGCACAUUAGCUGUUGACCGUCAUUGUAGCCGUAGAACUAAUCACACCCAAUUUUGUAUUUAGUUUUUCUAAAUGCACAUGGAAUGAAUUUAUAUUCAGCGAUGAUCUGUUCAUUGUGUCUUUUUUUUAUAGAUAUGUGCAUGUUUUAGAACCAUACAAUCUGUUACAUUAUAUAAAUAUAUAUCCCUUCAUAUCAAAAACUCUGAAAUUGGCUUGAAAUAAAGUAUAUACUUUGUGGUAAAAUGUUGAUUCUUUUGUUG